AUGCCACCGUUCGGUUCAAGAUCGUCCAGUUCGCGCGGGUUCACUCGCCAGUUCCGCCUGAAUAGCCAAAGAACAGAGACCGAGGCUCUGCUGGCGUCGCAACACGACGAAGAAGAUCACGCCGAUAGCGAUGGGCUGUAUCCGCCUCAUUGCACCUGGACGAGCGAUCAGGCCGAGCCGCCUCCAGGGGCAGAUCUGUAUAGGAAUGCAGAUUGCAAUGUCUAUGAAAACAUUCUCCGGAUUCGGAGAGAUAUCAUCAACAGCAUUGAUGACCCGUACUCGCUGGAACAAUUGAAAGCACCGCGCAUGAACAUCUCCGUCGUUCGGCCUCUGGUCGAUUCCAUCUACGGGAAACAGGACCUUUCGCUCGUAUACUGUCUGCUCGUCAACCGGAUGCAAUUCAUCCGUGAGCAGUCCUUCGCGACACAUCAUCAGACAGUCAAUCUCACCCGUGCGCUUCUGUGCGAGCUGGCCGCCGAGAAGGUUCUUCGUCGAUAUAAUGAAAACAACCCUGGUCCGCGAGGCCUGCUGAAACUGGCUAAUAUACUGGUCGCCGGCUUCGACCCGUUCCAGGGGGCGCCUCCGGAAAUCGUGCAGAAAAGCACGCACCCGAUUCACUGGGCAGCUAGAAGGAGCGGCAAAAAGAUCGAAAAGAAGCUGACUGCUCUCGAAUUGGCGAUUGUGAGUGCAAGCAAAAGCUUUCUGGCCAGUAGUGCUUGUCAGAAAGUCGUGGAUGCCAUCUACCGAGGUAAACUGGUCUACACCCCAAGCAGUUUCAUCGACAUCAUCCCCGAUGGUUGGAAGAAGAGACCGAUCUCCUUGUAUGACCCCAGGAGAGCGCCCCUGCUGAACCAAUACCGCUUGAUUGUGCCUCGGAUCCGAAAUGUCAUCGAGGUCUUCCAAUUCGUCAUUCUACUUGCACUGUACAUUGCACUCAUGGUGGGUCGAGAAAGUCGGCUGAACACGCGAUAUACCCCGGUUGAGGCCGUAUUUGACCUGUACGCUGCUGGCUGGGUCCUCGAUCAAUUCGCCUCCAUCCUCGAACACGGCUGGGGUGUCUAUACCCAGAACUUGUGGUCAUUCCUGGAUGCCACUUUCAGCACCAUCUUCAUCAUAUAUCUUGUUCUUCGACUCCAUGCUUUGCGAAUCGACGACCAGGACAACUCCAUCCUGUGGGCCCGGACGGCUCUUGACGUGCUCAGCUGUGCAGCGCCAGUUUUGAUUCCAAGACUGGCGUUCAACAUCAUGUCGGAGAAUAUGUUGUUCCUCUCCUUGCGAGCAAUGAUGUCUGACUUUCUCACUCUUACUGCACUUGCUGUUUGGUGUUUCGCGGGAUUUAUGUUGAGCCUGAAAUGGUUGCAUGCUGGGGCCCAUUCAUCUGUCACAAUUGGCAAAUGGAUGAUUUGGAUUUGGUUCGGGCUCGAUGGUACCGGUAUCGACGAGUCCGUCGAUUUCCACUGGCUGUUGGGACCGGUGUUGAUGGUGCUGUUCGCCUUUCUCGGAAACACGCUGUUCCUCACGAUCCUGGUUUCAAUGUUGACCACCACGUUUAGCAGCAUCGUCUCCAAUGCCAUUCAGGAGAUUCUUUUCCGUCGGGCAGUUCUGACCUUCGAGGGGGUGAAGUCAGAUGCCAUAUUCGCAUAUAUGCCGCCGUUCAACAUCGCCGCACUGAUCAUCAUGCUUCCGCUGAAACUGGUGGUUUCGGAACGAACUUUUCACAAAAUCAACGUUGCAGCGGUUCGGACGCUCAAUAUGCCGACAUUGUUGGUGAUUGCUUGGUAUGAAAGAAAGACAUUGUGGAUGUCUGACAAACCUCGACCUUACCGUGCCAGAAGAAUAGAUUGGAAGAAUACCAAUGGGCCGAGACCCGCCGAAUCGCCAUACUGGGCCCUCUCGAGGUUUAGUGUCCACGGAGACAUCCAUGCAGUGUUUGACAUUGAUCCACCGCAGCCAGUCUUGGACAAAAUAGCUGAAGAGGAUGAUUUGGAAUAUGGUGAUGGGAUAGGAAAAGCGGUCAAUAACAAUUUGAGUAGAGGUUUCAACCCUGCCCCGGUGUCUCGACGAAGCAGUCGAGCAAGCGAUUCGAAGCGACGGAUGUCUGCCAGUUCCAAAGCCGAAAGACACCAAAGCAAGGACCGCAGGACUCCAAAGGGAUCCCCAAGGGAGGAAUUCCGAGACUCGAGCGAGGCAGAAGAUGAAGGUAGUCAUCCACCCCAUCACCGCAAAAUGAUGAGAGGGGAAAGAAUGGAUUCCAUCGUCGACUAUAGCGAUGAUGGGGACGAUAAGCUCCUGGAGGCGAACACAAGGUUGCACAAGAUGGAGGCCGCUAUAACAAGGAUUGAGGCUAUGCUGUCGCAGCUGGCAAAUGGGGAUGCCAGCUCAGAAAACACGGAAGGGAGGGAGGAGUUGGAGCAGGAAAUGCAAUCGGGCACGAUGAAAUAG